AUAAGUUGAAGAAACAUGGCGGCGUCUAAUUUGUUAAAGAACAAAGGGUCCCUGCAGUUUGAGGAUAAGUGGGAUCUGAUGCGGCCCAUCGUCCUCAAGCUGCUCAGACAGGAAGCCGUCACUAAGCAACAGUGGUUCGACUUGUUCUCAGACGUCCAUGCAGUGUGUCUCUGGGAUGAUAAGGGACCCGCCAAAAUCCACCAAGCACUCAAAGAGGACAUCCUAGACUUCAUCAAACAAGCACAAGCUCGGGUACUGAGCCACCAGGACGACACGGCGCUGCUGAAGGCCUACAUCGUGGAGUGGAGGAAGUUCUUCACACAGUGCGACAUCCUGCCCAAACCUUUCUGUCAGCUGGAGAUCACACUGAUGGGCAAACAGGGCAGCAACAAGAAGACCAACAUGGAGGACAGCAUCGUACGCAAGCUCAUGCUGGACACGUGGAACGAGUCGAUCUUCUCUAACAUUAAGAGCCGUCUGCAGGACAGCGCCAUGAAGCUGGUUCACGCUGAGAGACUGGGAGAGGCCUUCGACUCCCAGCUCGUCAUCGGAGUACGAGAGUCCUACGUCAACCUGUGCUCCAACCCAGAAGACAAGCUGCAGAUCUAUCGUGACAACUUUGAGAAAGCGUACCUGGACUCCACCGAGAGGUUUUACAGAACGCAGGCGCCGUCCUACCUCCAGCAGAACGGAGUCCAGAACUACAUGAAAUAUGCAGACGCCAAGCUGAGAGAAGAAGAGAAGAGAGCGAUACGAUACCUGGAGACACGCCGUGAAUGUAACUCUGUACAAGCACUGAUGGAGUGUUGUGUGAACGCUCUGGUGACGAUGUUCAAAGAGACGAUCCUCGCUGAGUGUCCCGGGAUGAUCAAACGCAACGAGACAGACAAGCUGCACCUCAUGUUCUCACUGAUGGACAAAGUACCCAACGGGAUGGAGCCCAUGCUGAAGGACCUGGAGGAACACAUCCUCAGUGCUGGACUCGCAGACAUGGUGGCUGCUGCUGAGACCAUCACUACUGACUCUGAGAAGUACGUGGAGCAGCUGCUGACUCUGUUUAACCGCUUCAGUAAACUGGUGAAGGAGGCCUUCCACGACGACCCUCGCUUCCUCACCGCCAGAGAUAAGGCGUAUAAGGCCGUCGUCAACGACGCCACCAUCUUCAAACUGGAGCUGCCUCUCAAACAGAAAGGUGUGGGCAUGAAGACUCAGCCGGAGUCAAAGUGUCCUGAGCUGCUGGCUAACUACUGUGACAUGCUGCUGAGGAAAACUCCUCUCAGUAAGAAGCUCACCUCUGAGGAGAUCGAGCUCAAACUCAAAGAAGUGCUCUUGGUGUUGAAGUACGUCCAGAACAAAGACGUGUUCAUGCGGUACCACAAAGCUCACCUGACCAGACGGCUCAUUCUGGACAUCUCAGCCGACAGUGAGAUAGAAGAGAACAUGGUGGAGUGGCUCAGAGAAGUAGGGAUGCCUGCAGACUAUGUGAACAAGCUGGCCAGAAUGUUUCAGGACAUCAAAGUCUCAGAGGACCUCAAUCAAGUUUUUAAAGAGAUGCACAAACAUAACAAGCUGGCACUACCAGCUGACAGUGUGAACAUUAAGAUCCUGAAUGCCGGGGCCUGGUCUCGGAGCAGUGAGAAGGUUUUCGUGUCGUUGCCCACGGAGCUGGAGGAUCUGAUCCCAGAGGUGGAGGACUUCUACAAGAGGAAUCACAGCGGCCGCAAGCUGCACUGGCAUCACCUCAUGUCCAACGGCAUCAUCACGUUUAAGAACGAGGUGGGUCAGUACGACCUGGAGGUGACCACCUUCCAGCUGGCCGUGUUGUUCGCCUGGAACCAGAGACCCCGAGAGCGAAUCAGCUUCGAGAACCUCAAACUGGCCACAGAGCUUCCUGACGCGGAGCUGCGGCGCACACUCUGGGUCAGACCGAGCUAA